AUGGGAUCGUCCGCCCCGCCCUCUCCCGCCCCCAUCCCCGCUCCUCCCAGCACAGUGGAUCGGUCCACACCCCCCUCGCCAGGAUUGGGCCGAGAAGCCUCCACUCCCCGCGCCGCUUCCCCUCCGCGGGCCUUGACGUCUGACGCUUCGCCCGGACUCUUCCAUUCUCCCAGAGGGGCGGGGGGGAGGAGAAUUGCUCCCGGGCCUAGGGAGGAGUCGCGCAUUCAGGUACAGCAGGGUGAGAAAAAGCGCACUUACUCCUCUCAGAGACUGGGAGAGGUGCGACGGCGCACCUCGGAGUCCGGCGGAGGGUCGGGAGCAGCGAGCAGCAAGGCCUGCCCCCUCUGCUCCCCUAGGAAGCCGUGGUUCCGCCCUCCUGCGGAGGAGCGAUCGCGGGGAGAUGGCGGAGCCGCCGCGGCGGGGCCCGGAUCCGGGAAAGGUGGGCGCCCGGGGGGUCCGGGGACACGGCGGAGCCCGGCGACCGCAGAGACAGCGCCCCGCCCGCCGGGUGAGCAGCGCCUCCGCGUCGUGGCAUCCUCGGCCCGCCCCCCGCAGGAUCGCGCCCCUCCGUGGGCUGCCACCCGGGGACCCCCCCCACCCAGUGUCCCCCUCAUCCAGUGCCGCCCUCCCUGCCCCCCCACCCAGUGCCCCCCUUCCUGUGUCCCCCUCAUCCAGUGCCUCCCUCCCUGUGUCCUCCCCACCCAGUGUCCCCCUCAUCCAGUGUCCCCCCCGCCGUGUGUCCCCCUCACUAUGUCCCCCCCCACCCUGUGUCUCCUCACUUUGUGUCCCCCCUUCCUAGCGUGUCCUGGCCAGGUGACCCCAGAGCCCCCUCCCCAGGCCAGCUCGCAUUCCCUCUCUGGUUCUCUCCCCAGUGUCUCCCCCCAAAGCCUGCUCAGUCUUCACGCUGUCACCCUAAGUGACUCCUUGCCCCCCCCCAGCCUUUACCCCAACCCUGAGCUCCCCCACUCUCACCCUCGGACCCUUCCUGGGUCCCUUGUGUCCUGCAGUCACAGGUCAGACCCCCGUCUUCUGCACCUGCCCCCCUCCCCACAUGUGCGCCGGCCUUUGCCUCAGCUCAGUGGUUGCUCUAGACAUCGCCCACCCCCAGACCUUCUCCGUGCUUUGGCCGGGCCAGGGAGCCAGACUGUGGUAGAGGAGCCCGAUGGCCUUCCCUGGGGUGCCCCUGGAGCCCUCCUGAGAUUGGGGGGCAGCCCCCAUCGCAGACUAAGGGAGCGCAGGCAGCUGGACCUCGCACUCAGGCCUCUAAAUUCUCCUAGGUCCCUCUCGUGUGAGCUGCUCUGGGACCACGCUGCUCUUCGCUCCUGCCACGGAGUGUGA